GUUUUUUCCUUGCUCUGCAGGAUCCCUAUCAGGGCACCAUAGUUCUGGCUACAGUAAAGGGAGAUGUGCAUGAUAUUGGCAAGAAUAUCGUAGGUGUGGUGCUGGGUUGCAACAACUUCAGAGUGAUCGACAUGGGUGUGAUGGUUCCCUGUGAUCGGAUCCUCAGAGAGGCCAUACAACAGAAAGCAGAUAUCAUUGGUUUGUCUGGUCUCAUCACCCCCUCUCUGGAUGAGAUGAUCUAUGUGGCCAAAGAGAUGGAGAGACUGGGAAUGACAACACCACUGCUGAUUGGAGGAGCCACCACAUCAAAGACACACACAGCAGUGAAGAUUGCCCCUCGCUACAGCUCUCCUGUUGUCCAUGUUCUGGAUGCCUCCAGGAGUGUGGUGGUGUGCUCACAGCUCCUGGAUGAGGCCAUGAGGGAGGAGUACUUUGAUGACCUGAAAGAGGAGUAUGAGGAUAUCAGGCAGGAGCACUACGACUCCCUGAAGGAUCGUCAGUAUCUGUCUCUUUCCCAGGCCAGAGCGAAGGCUUUACAUGUAGACUGGCUCUCUCUGCCCACACCAGUGCGUCCUCAGAUCCUGGGCACCCAUGUGUUUGAGUGGUACGACCUGAACAGUCUGCUGGACUUCAUCGACUGGAAGCCUUUCUUUGAUGUGUGGCAGCUGAGAGGGAAAUACCCCAACAGAGGUUACCCCAAGAUCUUCAAUGACAAGACUGUUGGUUCGGAGGCUCGGCGAGUCUUCGAUGAUGCCCAGCGGCUGCUCCAUCAGAUGAUUGACAGCCGUGGUCUGCAGGGGCGGGGCCUGGUGGGGUUCUGGCGUGCCCAGAGUGAUGGUGAUGACAUUAAUUUAUACAACCAUGAUGUCACAGUACGCAGUGACACCAAGCCCAUCGGCACAUUCCAUGGCUUACGGCAACAGGUGGAGAAGGACAGCUCCAGUUCAGAGCCCUACCUGUGUUUGUCAGACUUUGUGGCCCCUAUAGACAGCGGUGUGACAGACUACAUUGGUGUGUUUGCUGUGGGUGUGUUUGGAGCUGAGGAGCUGAGUCAGCAGUUCCAGGCUCAGGGAGACGACUACAACAGCAUCAUGGUCAAAGCCCUGGCUGACCGACUGGCUGAGGCCUUUGCUGAGGAGCUCCAUGCUCGUGUGCGUAAGGAGCUGUGGGGUUACAGUAGGGAGGAGGCACUGCAGGCCUCAGACCUCCACAAAAUUCGAUACCAGGGGAUCAGACCUGCAGCCGGCUACCCCAGCCAGCCUGACCACACGGAGAAGACCACAAUGUGGAGCCUGGCUGGGAUCCAGGAGAAGACUGGUAUCUGUCUGACAGAGUCCCUGGCCAUGACGCCUGCUGCCUCAGUGUCUGGACUUUACUUCUCCAACCCUCAGGCCUCUUACUUCGCUGUGGGAAAGAUCACCAAGGAGCAGGUGGAGGAAUAUGCCAGGAGGAAAGAGAUGUGUGUGGAGGAGGUGGAGAGAUGGCUGGCUCCGGUACUGGGUUAUGACAGUGAGGCGUAGAGUGUGAUCACUCAGAGGGAUCAGAGCAGGGCACAGCGCACACACAGUCAGGUUUACAGUCCAACCAUUCCACUGUAGCUCUCAGAGGUUCUCACUGUGGCUGCUUACAAAGGGAUUCACUAACAUCCCAUAUUAUACUUGUGAAAACACACUAAGUCUUAUCAUUUUACUUAAUAUUUUUUACAGUACAUUUCAGAACGGUUAAACUGGGUUUUUUAGGCCCUCUGUCUCUGCAGGUUUUGUGUAUUCUGUGAAACACUACGCACACACAUACAUUGUAUGUAAUGAUACAAUCAUCAUUCCUUGAUCAUUCUAUCAGGUCUCCAAAUGGAGAGAAGUAAUCUGUUGCUGCUACAUCACAGUCAUGUGUGUCUUAAGUAGUGCUGUACAAUCAAGCUUAAAUGACCAUCACUAUUUUUGCUUUAUGUUGAGAUCAUUAUUAUUUUAGCAGUGGUUGCUGGGCAGGGUUUCUGUCAAAGCCAAUCAGUACUUUAAAUGGGCAUUUUAAAUAUUUUUGAAUCUGAGUCCUCGUAUUAUAUAAUUGUAAAAUACUUGAGUACUUGCAAAAAAACCACAAUUAAUAAUUGCAAGAAUAGAAUGUAAAUUGGCCAACAACAGAAAACAAGUGCAAAUUGAAAUCAAUCAAUUGAGCAACCAAGCUUUAGUUAGCCUAUAAAACCAUAAAUUCAAAGUUAAUGUAAGAAAAAUCAGCAAACUUUCUGUUGCUGCUAUUACACAGGUUAGCAGCAGCACUGAAGGACCAGAGGGUCCAGAAGUGCUCUCCUCAGCAUCUGCCUGGUUAGCUCAAGCUAACACAACAGCAGAUACAAAUACAAAAUUGAGUAGUUAAGUGAUUAAUUAAAUGCCCAUCCCUAAAUACCUGUGCCAACAUGAUUACUCACUGUCAGUGGUACUUCAAAUUGUUCUUGCUUUUUUUUUUUUUUUUCAAUUUACUAAAAUGAGAGAGGAAUAACUCAGUAUUUUGGAAAAUGUGCUGGGGGUUUUUCUGAAAGAAAAAUAAGAAGGCUAACUAUUUUCCCCUGUUUCCAGUCUUUAUGCUAAGCUAAGCUAACCAUGUGCAGACUCAAGCUCUAUAAUAAACACACAGACAUGAGACUGAUAUCAAUAUUUCCAUCUUACUCUAGCAAAGGAGGUGAAUAAGUGUAUUUCCCCAAAUGUUGAACUAUUCUUUUAGUGCAAACAGCUUAGGAAGACAUUAACUUGAGGGGGAAAAAAGAUAAUGAUUAAAAUUCAGGAAAUUACUGAUCAAAGAAUCAGUAAAACAGACAAAAAAAUCUGUUCUUACUUUAAGUGCCAACUGCCAAUACAUGACAGUUUUCAACUGCAGUUCUAUACUUGGUGGCACAGACCAAUUCAGUAAACAGCCCAAUGUAUAAUGAAGAUUCAUAAUGUUAUAAUCUUUAAUUUAAACCAAAGUGGAUAUGUAAAAGCAGAUUCAUUUUAUUACACCAAUACAUUUAACCCGAGACAAAUGUUGUUUACAAGUUUUAGAUUUGUAUAUGGAAGUGAAAGUUUAGGUGUUUGCAUCCAGAUCGUAUUUAUUUCAGGGUUUUUUUUUUUGUUUUUUUUUUUCCCCCUUCAGAUUUUUAAUUAUUUUAUUGUUCCUUGUUUAAAGGUUUUAAUGUCAUCAACAUUUGCAUGGAGGCUGGAGUGAACUAUUUUAAUAGUUACACAUUCAGGGGUUUAGAGUGAUAAAGUUUUAUUUAAUGGUACAAUUAGUGUGGCUGAAAAGUGAAGCCAAUGCACAAUUGCCUUAAAACUGCAUUCUAUCUAAUGGCCAGCAGGGGGCGACUCCACUUGUUGUUAAAUUAAGUAUGGUUGUAUUUAGAUUUAUGAGAAAAUGACCCUGCUUUUGACUUAAUUUAUUACCUCCAUAAACAUUUUCCUAAUGAGGUUAUGGUAUAAAUCACGAGUUCAAGUUUUAAGCGUGUGGCUAUCUUGUGAUUGACAAGUUGCUACCAUGGCAAUGUCCACAAAUUCUCUGUCAGAUUCCCCCCUCGCUCCUCCACAGCUCCACCAAUUCAUACAAAUAUGGUCAGUUCUGCUUUAGAAAAUCCAAGAUUGCAAUGGCCAAAAUGCCAGACUCAAGGCUUCAAAACAGUAGUCUGCAAAUCGAUGGAUGACGUCACGAUGGCUACGUCCACAUCUUUUAUACAGUCCAUGCUUUUCACACAGCCAGGUACGACCACUUCUCCAUCAGCAUUUUACCAGGUAUUAUCAGAGGCAUAUCCUGUAUGUACAACAUCUCUACUCAUUCCAUGAUCCUGAAAAAAUCUCCACAUGGGACAAAAUGCCUGGUUGAAAUUUAAAUCAGGUUUCCAUAAGAUGCUGGCUGAAUGCAUUUCACACGUGUCUUAAAAGCCCUGAUGUGCUGCAGUGGCUGAUCUCAGUUUAUCAGUUUUAUUUUCUUGCAGGUUCUGGAUAAAUUAUGGUGGCAUUGCAAACACUGUAACAUGGGAGAGAUAGAACUGUAUAUUUUGUUUUGUUGUUGAAAAUAAAUAAUUUCAACUUA